GGUCUGUGGUGCAGACUGCAGACUAUUCGCCAAUUCGUUUACUUUAAAGAUUCUAAACAAUUUAGCCAGUAAAUAGUGACCGACCCCUAAUUUAAUACAAAUUGCACCUGACAACUAUAUGUACAAGAAAUAAAUGUGUAGACAAUGCGUAAUGUAGGGUUUGUUCUACAUACUAGCCUAGUCAGUAUUUUACUAUGCCAUGUGACACUGUGUGAUACUCUGCCAUAACUACAUUACUGUAACUUGACCCAACUAAAGAGAAUCUGACUUUCAAGUAUUAUUUAGUAAUUAAGUUUAUUUUUAUUUUGUUCCUAUCAAAGUAGUUGUUUUUUUUAUACAAAAAGAAGAGAUUGUUACCAAAUAGAAGAAAAAUGCUGCUCCACAUCACGUACGCCAUUUACUAUUUGAAAAGGCGCUAUGUGUCGCGGGUCUACUUCGAGCAGCUCCGUAGUAGUUGCUGCUCAGUGGUCAGAGCCAGUGGUUGUUUGAGCAGCGGUCUUUCGCCCGCAGGACAACAUCCAGUGUAUGCUAUUGUUUACCGUACCAAAAAAAUGGCCGCAUCCAUUAUGACGACGUUCACGCACAGCAUAAUAUCUGGCCUUUACGUCUUCACCGUUUAUUACGCUUUCUUCGUCAUGCACAUACCGUUCAUGCAAGAACGAUUUAAAAAGUUCGACGUAGGACAACUGAAAUACCUCACGAUAUGGAACUUGCUGAUUCAGACGUUUUUUUCAAUGGUGUGUUUGCUCAAUGAUUUGAUCGGCAGCAACAAGGACGACGAGAAACAAAAACCAUGGAUUCGACGGUUCAAAGACUUUUUGCACGCGUCAAUAGGAUUUCCCCUUUCCAUGUUUGUCGGAGUGACGUUCUGGGCGCUUAUGGCGGUCGAUCGUGAACUAGUUCUACCAAAGGCGCUUGAUCCUUACUUUCCAGGAUGGCUCAAUCAUCUUAUGCAUACUUUAAUAAUGUUUACAACUCUGCUGGAAAUGAUAAUAUCAUCCAGACAGUAUCCAACACGAUCACAAGGCAUUAAAGCUUUGAUCACCUUUAUGCUUACUUAUUUAUGCUGGAUGCACUAUGUUUAUUACAGAAGUGGAGUUUGGGCUUAUCCAGUCAUUGAAGUUCUAUCCUGGCCAUUAAGAAUAGUAUUCUACGCUAUUUUAUUGUUACUUGUUAUAGGUUUAUAUUUUGUUGGUGAAAAAUUAAAUGGAUUAAUUUGGGGUGAUAAUAAGAAAGCUAUAGGAGCCAAGAAAAAAAAAUGAAAAUGUAAAGCUUUGCAUAAACAAUUAUGUUCUAGUGUUGAGAAUAAAUCUAAUAGUUAAGAGUAUGGAAAAAGUGCUCAUGAAAGUACAAUGUGAUUGUUUUAAACUUAUUUUCUGUUAUUUUAUUAACUUAAAAUCAAAAAAUAUAUCACUAUAACAUUUUUUGGUGGUGAUGAUGAUAAAUACAUUUUUAUAAGCUUGAAAUAUACUAGUUAAUGAUUCUUGUAAUUUUUUCACAAAUAAAAUAAUCCUAUCUAUAAA